AUUAGACAUGCUUCGGUACCUUCGCUCAAUAUCUUAACUUUAUUGAAGGAAAAUUGCUUAUUUUCGUCUCCAAAUCUAGCGGGAACAAAGAUAAGGCGUUACUGAGAGUGUUUUCAAGCUCAAUAGUUGUUUUUAUUUCCAACCAUGGCUACGCGUGUUCCGAAAGAGCCCUCUAGUGUAAAUCCAGAAGAUCUUUACGAAAAUUUCCUCCAGAAAAGCUUGGGUGAACUAAAAGAUUACCUAAGUUUAAGGGGGUUAAGUGUAACUGGUAAAAAAAGAGAGCUUGUCGCCAGAGCCUUUUCUGCUUGUGAACGUAAUGUUCGGGUUGUGGUAUCCGACGAGGAGUUGAGGUCGAGACUCACAGUCGAGUACCAACAACGAAUUAAGAGUCUUCCUAGAGACCCCAGGCAUAUUGCAGAGGAUGAAUGGAGAAACGAUAUGACAACAUGGCCAGCUUUAGACCUUGGGAAAGUGUUCUCUUUUAUUUUGUCAAAGAAAGAAUUUGACUCGGAUUAUGUAGGGAAGUACAAGCUUUGUAAAGCUUAUUCCUACUUUGUCAGUGGAUUCGUGGGUACGGUGUAUUCACACACAUUUGUUUCUACCGGAGAGUGUAUUUUAAAGUGCAAAGUUACACCAUCCCAACGAGUCAGAGAUGAGCCACGGGAGGUGUGGGUAGCCAUUGAUACAAAUCAGGGGGGUGUCCUGUCUGCAUGGUGUAGCUGUAAAGCAGGCUACUCCCAAAGUUGCAAUCAUGUUAUGGCACUUUUGUACAAAGUGGAGCAUGCAGUUUCUAUGGGCUUCACUAAUCCUUCAUGUACAUCUGUACCAUGCAGAUGGAAUGAUCGCACCUUUAGAGAAGUUGAGCCUAAGAAAAUCAGAGACUUAAAAAUAAGAACUGAUUCACACAACAACACAAACCAAGAAAGGAGGGAAAUCAACUCAGAUUUAAAGAAAACUUUUGAUCCUCGCAGAGAGUGUGAACGAGCUGCCACUGAAGAAAGCAAAAAUAGAUUUCUUGCAAAAUGGAAAAAAAUUACUGAUAAGUCAGUGAUUUUUAAGGCUGUCGAAGUGGAAGAAGAAAGUCAUGAUGCACAAGACUUACCUCUUCCACUGAACCAAGUUGCAGAGAAAUUUGCCUCAGAACAUAAGGGGGAAGGGGAAGUAACCAUUGUGACAGGGUUUCUUGAGUCACUUCACUUGAGCCAGAAUCAGUGUGAUUCAAUUGAAAAGGCCACUAGGGCUCAAAGCCAAUGUACAGAAUGGGUGGAGCAGAGGAAAGGAAGGAUAACUGCCUCAAAAUUUCAUGAGGUUCAUACCAAAGUGAAAACACUUUUAGCUGGACGCAAAAAGGUGGUCAAGACCAAACCCCUUAUUGCCAGGAUUGUUCAUCACCAGUCCCUAAAAAAUGUUCCAGCUGUGCAAUGGGGGCGAGCACAUGAGAAGGAGGCAUUAGAUGCUUUUGUAACAACAGAGGGACCUAAGCAUACCAACAUGCAGAUUUUUGAGGCUGGCUUAUUUGUAAAAAGGGAUCUCCCUUACAUUGGGGCAAGUCCUGAUGCUAUUGGCACCUGUGAUUGCUGUGGAACAUUUGUUGUUGAAUGCAAAUGUCCAUACAGCAUUAAAGGUGAAAGGGUUCUUGAUGCCUGGAAUCGAACUGAAUUUUUACAGAUGGAUAGUGGUAAAGUAUGUCUGAACAAAGGACAUAAGUACUACACCCAAUUACAAGGGGAAAUUGUCCUAUCAAAUUGCUUUAAGGGGUAUUUUGUUGUGUGGACACAAGUAGGUGACCCUUUAGUGGAAGAAGUUCAGCGAGAUGAGGUUUUUUAUCAAACAGUUGAGCAGAAUUUAAUUUUCUUUUACAAAGGCUAUGUUGUUAAGGUUUUGCUGGGCUUGGUAGGUAUCUUUUACUGUCCAAAAUGUGAAUGCCUGUGCUUGGAACCUGAUGAAAUUGAGAAGGAUGGUGAAAAUAGUGUAUGCUGUGAUCAGUGUGCACUGUGGUAUCACUGGGAAUGUGAAGACCUUACUAUUGAACCAGAAGAACUUCACUGGCUAUGCUCCUCUUGCAAACAGCUUUACUUAAUCGAAUAAAUCAAUCAGUGUCAUUAAAUAUGUAAGACAGAUAUCAGUACUAUAGCUCUA